GGCAUGGAGCCGUCGGCGGGCUGCCCGCGGGCGGCGCCGGGGCCCGGGCCCGGGCUGUUCGGGUGGCUGCGCGGGCGCUGUCUAGGCCGCAGCGCCGCCGUGGACCCGGCGCGGGACAGCUUCCGCGCCAUGACCGGGCUGUACGGCUCCAUCCAGCCCGCCGACUCCGUGUACCUCAGCACGCGCACGCACGGCGCCGUCUUCAACCUCGAGUACUCGCCCGACGGGUCUGUGUUGACUGUUGCUUGUGAACAGACUGAAGUGCUGCUUUUCGACCCAAUAUCUUCAAAGCACAUCAAAACUCUCUCUGAAGCUCAUGAAGAUUGUGUAAAUAAUAUCAGAUUUCUAGAUAAUCGACUGUUUGCAACUUGUUCUGAUGACACUACAAUAGCCCUUUGGGAUCUGAGAAAGCUGAACACAAAAGUGUGCACUUUGCACGGUCACACCAGUUGGGUUAAGAACAUCGAGUAUGAUACCAAUACCAGACUACUAGUAACAUCAGGGUUCGAUGGAAAUGUGAUCAUCUGGGAUACAAACAGGUGCACAGAAGAUGGAUGUCCUCACAAGAAGUUUUUUCACACCCGUUUUCUUAUGAGAAUGAGAUUGACACCAGACUGUUCCAAAAUGCUGAUCUCAACAUCCUCUGGAUAUCUUCUGAUUUUGCAUGAUCUUGAUCUAAAUAAAUCUUUAGAGGUUGGCAGCUACCCAAUUUUAAGAGCUAGGAGGACUACAUCAAGUUCGGAGAUAACAUCUUCAAGUUCGUCUGCUCCUAGAACUGUUGGUUCACCAUGUCACCAGAAUGAUUCAGGUCUACUGUCUGAGAAACAGAUGUCACGGUCCUCCCAGCGAGAAGGUGGAUCACCUAGAAAUAGUCUGGAGGUCUUAACACCAGAGGUUCCUGGAGAGAGAGACCGAGGCAACUGCAUUACAUCAUUACAGCUACAUCCAAAAGGGUGGGCUACUCUUCUUCGGUGCUCAAGUAAUACAGAUGACCAAGAGUGGACUUGUGUCUAUGAAUUCCAGGAAGGAGCCCCUGUGCGCCCUGUCUCACCUCGUUGCUCCCUGCGAUUGACUCAUUGCAUUGAAGAAGCCAAUGUGGGCCGGGGUUACAUCAAAGAGCUUUGUUUCAGUCCUGAUGGCCGGAUGAUUUCAUCCCCGCAUGGCUUUGGGAUCCGCUUGUUGGGGUUUGAUGCAUACUGCAGCGAACUUGUUGACUGUUUGCCCAAAGAAGCUGGUCCCUUAAAAGAAAUCCGUUCCCUCUAUUCUCACAAUGAUGUGGUACUGACAACAAAGUUCUCUCCAACUCACUGUCAGAUUGCCUCGGGGUGCCUUAGCGGACGUGUUUCUUUGUAUCAGCCAAAGUUCUAGGCGCAUUGUGCAUCAACAGGACCUUCAGAUGUUUGUGGUUUUAAUUACUUCAGUUUAGUUGAAGUGUGUUCGAAAUCCCAUAAAUCCAGAGAAGAUCAUAGUUACUAUGGUCUCAGAACGUAAUAAUGACAUGAGUUCUCAGUCCAGCACUGUAUACAUUCUCAUACCGUAUCUGCAAGUCAGGCUCCAUGCAUUGUGUUUUUAGCCUUCUAGGCAGAACUCUGCUCCUGCUGAUCCUGUGCCAUUGAGUUCUGGUUGGUUUAUACAAUAAUACUUGUGAUUAAUUUUCAGCAACAUGACUUGAAGUGGGCUAUCUGAAAAAAAUGUAGAUUUUGUGCGGGUAGGAGUUCAGCUAAAACUCACUCAGGCUUCCCUGUUAUGACACCUCUUCGUUCCAAAGGACUUUUUCUGUUGCCAAAACCAUUAUACCAUGAUUGAUAAUGAACAGGCUUUGUGCAUGCUAGUUUAGCUGGCACAAAAAGACAAAAAUGUUUUCAUUUAUUUACUAAUUUGGUUAUUUGUGAUUGGCUAGGAAAAAAAAAAAAGUAAACUUUCUGUAAUAUUUUGUUGUCCUUAAAAAUCUUUCUAGGCUGUUUUUCCUUAAUUGCAUAUCUUGUGAUUAUUGUUAGAAGGAAGAGGUUCUGUGUGGAGAUGUAUCUGCAUUUUUUUCCUCAGAAUUUAGUUGGAAAAGCCUGGGGCAGUGAAACAAGAGCUUAACAGAGCUAAACAUCUUGUGCUGUAUCCACUGCAAAUGAAUCAAAGGGAAUGUUUCUUACAAUGUGUAUGGUUAGUGGAUGUCUCUUACUCCUCAGUCAGUAGGGUUUCUUUUGUGGGAAGCUUUCCACAUCAGUUACAGAAACCUUCAUCUUGUGUUUGGAAAUGAACACUGCAGAAUUUCUGCUCAUGUUAAGGUUGUAGUUCCUCUAACUGUUCUACAAAUUAAUGUUAAGAGAGGAAUUCAACUAGGAAGUUUCUGUAGUGUAACUAGAUAAGUAUUUCUUCAUAUGUAUUGUCAGUAUGGGAAUGGAUUAGAAGCAUUCCAGUCUAAAGUAAGAUCUAUUUGGAUUUAACUGGGCUAAUCAUAAAAUCUGAAAAAUGUUAAUGUUCACUAUUAAAUCACAUAUGGAGUUAUGAAUGCCAAGUUUUAUCCCUCAAGUUCAUCACAAAAUCCCAGACUGGUAGAGGUUGGCAGGGACCUUUGGAGGUCAUCUGAUCCAGCCUUCCUGCUUGAGCAGGGCCAUUCUACAGCAGGUUGCCCAGGGCCAUAUCCCAGAUGGCUUUUGAAUGUCUCCAAAGGAGGAAGACUCUAAAACCUCUCUGGGCAACCUGUUCCAGUACUCAGUCAACCACACACUAAAGUGUUUCAGAUGUUUUGAGGGACACUCUUAUGUUGCCAUGUGUGCCCAUUGCUUCUUUUCCCAGCACUGGGCACUACCCAAAACAGCCUGGCUCCGUUCUCUUUACACUGUCCCUUUAGAUACUGAUGAGAUCCUUCCUGAGCCUUGCUUUCUGUAGAUGGUCCCAGCUCUCUUAGUUCCUUGUAGGACAGAUGCUUCAGUCCUUGAAUCAUUUUUGUGGCCCAUUGCUGGACUCUCUCCAGCAGCUUCAUGCAUCUCUUGCCCUGGGGAGCACAGAACACAGUGCUCUAGGUAUGGCCUUACGAGUGCUGGAGAGAGGGGAAAAGGAUCACCUUCCUUGAGCUGCUUGGCAAUACAUUGCCUAAGGUAGGCAAGAGUACAAGUGGCCUUCUUUACAGCAAAGGCUCACUGCUGGCUCAUGUUCAACCUGACGUUCACCGGGCCCCCUAAUCAUUUUUUUUGGCAGGCUGCUUUCCAGCUGGGUGGCCCCCAGCAUGUCCUGGUGCCUGGGGUUGUUUCUCUCCGGGGCAGGACUUGGCACUUCCCCUUGUUGAACUCUGGGAGGCUCCUAACCCAACAGCACAUUUCUCCAGCCUGUAAAGGUCCCUCUGAAUGGCAGCACAACCCUCUGGCCUAUCAGCCACUCCUCCCGGUUUUGUCAUCUGCAAACUUGCUGAGGGUACACUCUGCCCCAUCAUCUAGAUCAUUAAUGACGACACUAAAACAGGACUGGACCCAGUAUUGACCCUUGGCAUACAGCACUAGUCACUGGCCUCCAACAAGACUUUGUGCUGCCUUCUGGGCCUGACUAUUCAGUUGUUUUUGUAUCCACCUCGUUGCCCAUCCCACCCAUACAUCAGCAGCUUCGCUAUGAAGAUCUUACGGAGGGCAGUGCCAAAGGGCUUACUGAAGUCCAGGUAGGCAAUGCCCUCUGCUCUUCUCUCAACCAUCAGGCUGGUCAUUUCACUGUAAUAUAGCUAAUCCUGUGCAGUCAUUUCAGUCUCUUAUGUGCAUAUGAGUUUAUCACAUAAGUGUUCUAAGAUCUUUUGUGAAUAUUUAACUAAGAUUUUGCUGACAAAUCGUACAAUGAUUUCAGUAGCAAGCUUUACCCUAAAAGGGCUGUCAUUUUGUUAUUCAGAUUCACUUUCUACUGAGCAUGCUUUCAAAGAUUGUCUCUUAAAAAGCCUUUUUGCAAAAAUUCAGCUUGGGUGGAAAGGAGAUACCUGCGAAGACAGUUGGAAAUGUAUACACCUGAUGAUUCUCUUCAGGUUUUGAAUUUCUGAAGGUAGCAUACUCAGGGUGGUAGUGGUGAAGUCAUUGAAACUUAAGGCACUUAAGGCUCCUGUGCAUUAUGGGCCUGUUAGAACAGGUCCAGAGGAAGGCUAUGAGGAUAGUCAAGGGCUGGAGCACCUCUUCUAUGAAGACAGGCUGAGGGAGUUGGGAUUGUUAUAGAAUCAUAGAAUCAUAGAGUAUCCCGAGUUGGAAGGGACCCACAAGGAUCAUCAAGUCCAACUCCUGGCACCGCACAGGUCUGCCCAAAGUUUAGACCAUGUGACUAAGUGCACAGUCCAAUCGCUUCUUAAAUUCAGACAGGCUUGGUGCAGUGACUACUUCACUGGGGAGCCUGUUCCAGUGUGUGACCACCCUCUCGGUGAAGAACCUCUUCCUGAUGCCCAGCCUAAACUUCCCCUGCCUCAGCUUAACACCAUUCCCGCAGGUCCUAUCAGUGGUGAUUACAGAGAAUAGGUCACCUGCCUCUCCACGCCCCUUCGCAAGGAAGUUCUAGACUGCGAUGAGGUCCCCCCUCAACUUCCUCUUCUCCAGGCUGAACAGGCCCAGUGCCCUCAGCCGCUCCUCAUGUGUCUUCCCCUCUAGGCCCUUCACCGUCUUCGUCGCCCUCCUCUGGACACUUGUUCAGCCUGCAGAAGAGAAAGCUCCGGAGAGACCUUGUAACAACUUUCCAAUACCUAACGGGACCUACAGCAAGGCUGGGGAGGGACUCUUUUUCAGGGAAUAUAGCAAUAGGACAAGGAAUAAUGGCUUUAAACUCAAAGAAGAUGGAUUUAGAUUAAGAUAUAAGGAUGCACUUCUCUACUCUGAGGGUGAUGAGGCACCAGCACAGGCUGCCCUGAGGAGCUGUGGCUGCCCCAUCCCUGGCAGUGCCCAAGGCCAGGCUGGAUGGGGCUGGGGGCAGCCUGGGCUGGUGGGAGGUGUCCCUGCCCAUGGCAGGGUGGGGGUGGGAGUGGGUGCUCUGUAAGGUCCCUUCCAACCCAAACCAUUCUGGGAUUCUCUGAUUCUAAAUUUUUGGUGAAUGUAUUUAGUAAUAAAAAGCCUUCAGUAAUAGGUAUUUGAUAAUUUGAGGACUAAUCAAUUACUCCUGCACUGGGUUUUCAGUAGUUCUAGCAACUGGGUGCUAAAGGAGUACCUUCAAGUCAUCAAGUAUAUGAAACUCACAAAAUUCCUAUUAUUUAGUAAGUGUCCUAAAUUUUCAAUUCUCAUGGUUUUCCAACUGAAUCAUUUGGCAUUAGUGUCUAAGUAGAAUAUCAUCCCAGCUGGAGGAGGAAGAAUACACUCAAUUAACUUCACAUGCAGAUAUAUGCCCACAGACUUCUCAGAUAGCAAGUCAUGCUUUGGAAAAUUUUUAGAUAUAUAUAACUUCAGAGCAAGUCUGUUGUAGCUGAAACUAUUGUCUUGAACUCAAAAUUACACUGAUGAAACCAUAAAUGGGGAUAUGCCUUAUUUUCCAAAACAGCAUCACUCUUAGUUUUAAACACUCGUACUUUUUGAAUGCUUCUGGAACACAAUUCAUAAGCAUUCUGUCCAUAUAUGUGGUAGAAAUCUUACCUAACUCUUCUGAUUACAUUUGUGGUAAGUUUGAACUAGAAGAAGUAGAUAAAAUUAGAUUUUGGUUAUUUGACUACUCCUUUUCAACAGGACUUGGAACUUUUCAGUUAAAGCUAAUAGAUUUUAUCUGUAAAUUUCAUAAAACACUUACUGAAACACUAUUCCAUUACUUAUAACUGAAAUGCCUUGCAGUUACAGUUUGGUGGAAGGAAUGAUUUACAGUUUUUUUGUCUUUCUAAAUCUUUAUAUUGCCUUAUUGAAUUACUGAAGUAAUUCAAUGAGCUUUGGAUCUUUCUAGGUAGCCCAAAAAAAAAGUUUAUGUUAUGUUUCAAACGACAAAUUCUUAACCUUGCAUCCUUACAUGUCUUAGGGACAAAGCUGUAUAAAACUUAAAUGGUAUAUUAAAAGACUGCACUAACAGUAGUGGCUUAAACCAGUGUCUGUAAACUUGUUGACCGUUCAAGUGUUAAAUCACUUGAUGGAUUUCAUACUUUUUCUAAUGAAGAUGGAGCUCUUCGAUUGUAAAGCAUGCAAUAUAUUUUUUAGAGGCAUGGUUUCAUAUUCAUUGAUUUCCAUAGUAAAGUAAUUCCUUCUUUCACAACAUAGCUGGUCAGCAGAAGCAGAUAAACUGCAUAACUAAGAUCUCCAUGGGAAUGUCAACUUUCAGCAGUGUUCACAGGAACCAAACAGUUGUUUGAAGCUAGCACUCCUUUUGUAAUAGUCCAGUGACUGUAUGUUGUGGGAGUAAUUGCAUUUUCCAAGUAUUUCAUUGGAGGUCAGUCUUUACAUCACUGUAGCACCAUUAUGCAUUUGUGGGGAGAGGGAGAGAAACUAUUAAUGGGACUAUAAAUUGACAUUCAUGUAUGUGCAAUUUUUUGAUGAAGUACAUGUGUGUAUUUCAGUGUAUAUACAGCCACUGGGCAUCAUUCAAACAUGGUUAGUUCAGGGAAAAAUGUAACCUUCCACAGAAUUAUUGGGGAUAGGGGGAAAAGCACACUUGAUACCCACAUACGCAUUUGUUUGCACUCUUUGACACUCAGUAAAGACAGCUUGCCUGCUACCAGAAUAAGAAUGUAAAGAUCUUUUUUUUUUUUUGUGGGUUUUGUUGUUUUUAAUUUGGGUAACACUGAUGUAUAAUAUAUAAUAGGUCCUGAUACCAUAAGUAAUGGGUCUGUUGUUCUAUGAAAUACAAACCCUUAGCAAGAAGAAAUAAACUUGCCCUAUGGAAGCUUUUUUUUUUUAAAUAAAAUAAAAAAAAUUGAGUUUACAAGAUUCUAAGAAGUAGGAGUAAAAGAAGGUUGACAACCAUAAUAUUUUUGUCCUGCAGGAAAAAGAAACUUAUAAUUUCCUGAUCUUAGUCGAUGGUGCAUUUUCUUACGCACUAAGUAUCUUCAUUUAAGUGUAAGGUUUUUAAUACUAGAACAAAUUGUGCAUGUAAAUAUUUUGAAAUACCUGAGAUUUCAUAGUAUGAAGUGUAGCCUUUUAAUACAAUACAAAAAGUAUCAGAACUGCUCUGAAUAUAUUGUACUUAGAGUUGUACAGUAACUUACUAUUUGUGAACAGUUUCUCUUGCUUGCAUAAUAAAUUAAACAUUUAAUAAUUCAGUGAAUUAAAAUCUAUUUUAAUGUA